CAAAAACUGUAACAAAAUCGGAAAAUACACAUAGAAAAAGAUAUAAUUUCAUUUUUCAACAUGAAAUAAUAUUGAUAUGAUUACAUUUCUUAAGUAAUUACAGUAAUAGUAAUGUAUUCAUAAUUUAAUUGCUUGAGAAGAUUGAAACAUCACGGCUGCUGUUGCAAGAUUAUCUCUUCAAUUGAUUUAAAGUUGUUCAAUAGAAAAAAUAAUCAUGCACGGAGCAUAUGAAGCGUCACAUUUGCUAAAUGCAACAGUCCAGAUUGAAGCUAUCGCAGCUUAUGAUGAUAAUUUGCUGUUGGGUACGAGGCAGGGUCACUUAUUGAUGUACUCAUUAUCAGCAACAAAUGGAAAUCAAAAAUAUGAAUUGCAACUUCUACGCUAUUGCAAGAAUUUUAGUAAAAAACCAAUUCAGCAAAUAGAAGUUAUACCUGAGGACAACCUGUUAUUAUGCCUCACAGACAAUCUCCUAUCCACAUAUGAUAUAAAUGGAGUCAAUUUUCCAUUUAUAAAAUCAAUUCCACAAACCAAAGGAGCAUCACUUUUUGCUUUAGAUAAAAAGUGUGCAACAUCAAUGACAGGUGAAUCAAAUUCAGUAGUUCAUCUAUGUGUAGCAGUGAGAAGAAAACUUCAGGUUUAUUAUGGUAAAAAUGGUGAAUUUAAACAACACCAAUUUGAAUUCACCGUUCCCGAUGUACCUAAAGUUAUGGCAUGGGGUCAAGAAUAUUUGUGUGUUGGAUUUAAAGGGGAAUACACUCUGUUUGAUCUUUCUUCUGGCAAACCUAAAGAGUUAUUCCCUACAAGUAGUUCUCGUUCACUGGAGCCAACGAUAACUAAAUAUUCAGACAAUUCAUAUCUACUUGGUAAAGACAGCACUUCUGUGCUUGUUGAAGAGGCCAAAGAUAUUGAAAUAAAGAAGACUAUAAAAUGGGCGGAACCGCCAUUGGCCGUAGUGUGGGAAACACCUUAUAUCUUAGGAUUGCUGACGGACCGUAUCAUAGUGCAGACUGUGGAGCCGUCCAUGUUCAUCCAGACAUUACCCGACUUGAAUAAAGCAAGACUUAUGUACAGAUGCCGGCGCGGGCUGGUGUUCGUGGCGUCGGUGGGGCAGGUGUGGUGCCUGGCGGCCGUCGACGUCGCCAAGCAGCGCCAGCAGCUGCUCAAGGACAAACACUUUCAGAUCGCUAUCGAUAUUACUCUUCACUCAGACUGUUCCGCGGAAGAGAAGAAACAAACGAUCCAUUCAAUUCAAAUGCUAAGUGCUUUAGAGCUUUUCGAUGAAAAGAAAUACGCUCAAUCUAUGAAGGUAUUCAUACAAUUGAACACAGACCCGGCGGACGUUAUCAAACUGUUUCCAGAAUUGGACAACAAGCCAGGUUCAGAAGAUGAUAGUAAAUUGAAAGGGAAAGAUUUACAAAAUGCGUUAACCGCGUUGAUAAAUUAUCUCGUCGAAGUGAGAUUGAAGAUCGCAGAAGCUGUUAAAAAAGGCAGCACCGAUGAUAAGACUCCUGGUACGAGUAGUGAUAGUACAAGUCAUAGGAAUGUCACGCAGCAGUUGGAGUUGAUCGAUACGACGCUGUUGAAAUGUUAUUUACAGACGAACGACGCGUACGUGGCGUCGCUGCUGCGGCUGAACAACUGCCGGCUGGAGGAGGCGGAGCGCACGCUGCGCGCGCACGGCAAGCACAGCGAGCUCAUCAUCCUCUACCGCACCAAGGGCCACCACACGCGCGCGCUGCAGCUGCUGCGCGAGCAGGCCGCGCAGCCGCACUCCGCGCUGCGCGGCUGCCACCAGACCAAGACCUAUCUGCAGCAGCUCGGUUCUGAGCAUAUAAAUUUAAUAUUCAAAUUCUCCGAUUGGAUACUACGAGAGCAUCCCGAAGAAGGCUUGAAGAUAUUUACAGAGGAUAUUGUCGAAGUUGAGAAUCUAUCUCGACCGAAAGUUCUAGAUUUUCUAUUACGUGAACACAAAUCUUUAGUCAUACCGUAUCUAGAACAUGUUAUUCACACAUGGAACGAAACUAAUUCUUUAUUCCAUGAUGCGUUAAUUAGUAUGUACAGAGAGAAAAUGUUGGAACAUAAAAGUGAAGGUACAACGGAUGAAGAAGUAAAACAUACUAAGGCUAAAUUAUUGGCGUUUCUAGAAAAAUCUUCUCAUUAUACGCCUGAAAGAGUUAUACUGCCUUUUCCUAAUGAUUGCCUGUUUGAAGAAAGAGCAGUUAUACUGGGCAAGUUGGGAAGACACGAACAAGCCCUCGCUAUUUAUGUACAUAUCUUAGGCGACGUAGACAGAGCGGUCCGGUACUGCGAGCAGGUGAGUGCGGGCAGUGGGCAGGGGCAGGGGCAGGGGCAAGGGCAGGUGCAGGGGCAGGGGCAGGGGCAGGGGCAGGGGCGGGACGUGUACGUGGUGCUGAUGCGCACGCUGCUGCAGCCGGCGCACGCCGCGCUGGCCGCGCUGGCUGGCCCGCUGGCCGCCGCGCCGCGCCACGCCCGCGCCGCCGAACCCGACCUCGAGACAGCGCUGCAGAUACUCGACAAGCACGCUGAUCAAAUAUCACCAGUCAAGGCGCUGUCGGUGCUGCCGAGCUCGGUGCCGCUGGUGCGCCUCAAGCAGUUCCUGCAGAGCGCGCUGCAGAAGCACAUCACGGACAAGAGAAACAUGCAGAUACUGAAAGGACUCCUCUACGCUGAACAUCUACAGGUGAAAGAAGUGAAACAUUACCACGAGUCUAAGAGCGUAGUGAUGCACGAGUACAACGUGUGUCCUGUCUGCAAGAAGAGGUUUGGUCACCAGAGCGCCUUCGUCAGGUAUCCCGACGGAGACAUCGUGCACUUCUCCUGCAAGAGGGACAAGCAGUGAGCUAUGUCACCGAAAAAUACUGAAUUACGACCAUUUGGAAAAUGUCUAGAUAAAUAAAA